GGUGCAGGCUUUAGGCUGGGGCGGCGCCUUCGCCUCCGGCUGCCGUAGGACCGCCGGGCCGCCGCUCCAUCGGCGACAUCUUGGUGGAGGACGCGCUGGGGGAAACGCUGGUCACCUAGUAGCAGCUGCGCCACGAUCUCUGCUGACCUCCGGAGCGCGCAGGAUCGAACGCGCAGGCGGUAAGGCUGCUGCUCCUGGAGUCCCCACUCCCCGCUCGGGAGGGUGCCUGGGGACCCAGAUACCCGGCCUUGCCACCCUGAGUCCGGUAGUCUCCACCUCUAGCCGGUGGAGCGGACCCCAGCCCUACCACCUAAGAGUACCUCUCAUCGUAGCUAGAUCGAGUCUCCUGGAAGCCCUCCUGGAACCCCGCCCCCGCUGCUACCUGAACCACAGGGCCCUCCUGGCCCGAGACUCCGCCCCCCAAGGACUCCGCCCCUCUCCCGGAAUCACUCCGUCACAGACCCGCCUCCUCCCCGCCCCUCUUUGCCCCAGCCUCCGCCCUCCGGUCCGGGCGGGGCUCCGAGUUUGAACCGCGCGGCGGGCCGGGCUUCUGAGCCGGGUCGGGCCCAUAGGCGGCGGCGCCGAACAGGCAGUCUGCGGCGUGCGGCACCAUGUCCCCGGGCAGUGGGGUGAAGAGCGAGUACAUGAAGCGCUACCGGGAGCCGCGCUGGGACGAGUAUGCGCCAUGCUACCGCGAGCUGCUGCGUUACCGCCUGGGCCGCCGGCUGCUGGAGCAGGCCCACGCGCCCUGGCUCUGGGACGCUUGGGGCCCGGACAGCCCCUCAGACAGCUCGGCUUCCCCCAGUCCGGCGCCCAGGGGCGCGUUAGGGGAGCCCUCGGCACCUUCCGCGCGGGAGGAGGAGCAGACGGUGGGGGAGCGCGGAUCGGAGCUGCGGGGCGCGGAGGUUGGGGACGCGGAGGAGCACGACACAGUGCUACCAGCACCACCGAAAGAAGACACAGAAGAAAAGCCUGAACAACAAACCAGGACAAAAGAGACUCACAGGUUGCCCGUUGGCCCCGAACCUCGACAACAGCCUAGUGCCUUAUUUGCCAGAGCAAGUAAGAAAGCAACCAGGAGCCCCCAAAGAUCAACGAGCAAAAUAAAAGAGAACAAGCACCCAUUCGCUCUCUACGGCUGGGGAGAGAAACAGAUGGACACGGGGAGCCAGAAGACGCACAAUGUCUGUGCAUCGGCCUCUGUACAUGAGAUCCAUGAAUCAGCACUUCGUGCCAAGAACAGAAGACAGGUGGAGAAAAGGAAACAGGCUGCCCAGAGGCAGCGGGCUCACUCCGUGGAUGUGGAAAAGGACCGGAGGGUAAAGCCAACUUCCGCAGAGAACCCGUGGCUGACAGAGUACAUGCGAUGCUACUCAGCGAGGGCGUAGAUGUUGGGACAUCCUCUUUCAAGUGUUUGUGAAAGACAAAGAAAACAAAAACUAUCAAAUGGGACCACGCACAGGUGGAAGAAACGGACUGGUCCUGCAAGGCUCCUCUUAGGAAUUUUCAAGAGAGGUUUUGCUUUCAUGAUGGUUGGUCACCUGCCUGAGUAGUUAGGGCAGACCACUGAAGCCAUAGAUGUUGGCUUGUUUAUGAAGACAAGUCCCCAAGUCUUGAUAUUCUUGUAAGAGUUUUAUUUUCAAGAUUUUAAUCUUUGGAGAUACCCACACCAAAUGCCUUUAACUGGCUCUAGGCGCUUCCCCUCCACACCCUCCUGUAGGACAGUUGGAGCUGUCCUUUUCCAUCAACACCACAUUCCACAGCUGGCAGGGGCAUCCCGUCCGGCAGUGCAGGACUCCCAGGCACCACACCUGUGCAGUUUGCCUUGCAGGGAACAUCAAGGAAAGUGAGGGCAUCAGCGUGAGAUCAGCGCUGUUCCCGACGAACGAGAACUCUGCUGCCUCACAAUGACACUUGAUAUUUCACCCCCAUCACCCCACCUCCGUGUAGACUAUGGUAUUUAAGAAUUUUCUGGCCAGAGCUGGGGUCACCUUUCCUCCUUACAUCAUCACUUAGACAUUUAUUUAAUAUAUAACUUAAUAGUUCUAGUACAUUCCAGUGAGUGACGUGCGGUGCAUGUUUAGAGCAAUGAUGACAUUGCUUUUGAGUCAGUGUCACAGUCUUUUAACUGCAGUAUUCCCUUUGAGCGCACACAUGGGAUCAUCAGCUGCUUGUGAAGUCUGUCCUGCCACCUCCCCUCUUCAGAGAUAGCUGAUAGUGAUACUGAGAAUUUGUGAUCUGAAAUGACGUUUAAUGAACUGAGUUUGGCCUGUGGGGAUGGGACCAGCACACACCAUUAAGCGUCACCGCCUCCAUUCUGCUUCUCUUUCUCUAGAACUUAAUGAAGGCUUCAUGAUGCACAGUACUGAUAGUAUAGGUCGAAAAUGUGACUAAGUGAUGUCCUGCCUGGUGGUCUGUGCUGCUAACUGUGGGAGAACGGGGUGUGUGCUGGCCUGGCUGUAAAUGUUCUUCUUUUAGUAGGGAACCACUGUCAGGGUUAAAAAAAAAUAGUUUUAAAAAACAAAGGUUUCCAUGAGAUGGGUGCCUUCCCCAUCGUGCCGAAGAGACACUCAGAAGAUGGACACUGUGUUCUUCCUGAGAGACAGGGAGACCUUCUGCAGGCACCCACUCGGCAUCUGAGUUUGUUGGUUAAAACUGAGUGCUGGGCGUGUGGCUGAGCAUUUCCAUGAUAUUUUUACUUUGUGUUUUUGAGUAUGAUAAUUUCUAGAACACAAACUGAUUUCAUUCCAUAUAAAAUUGUCACACCAUGUCAUCUUAAAACCAUGAGGCUUUGAAAAUGCAUACUGAAGAAUCAUGAGUGUUUUAAAAAACUUUAAAAAUAUUUGCCUAGUUUUGUAUAGUCCCUUGUGUACAGAGCCCUCCCACUGAGGUGUAUAUUUAAUUAAAGAGUAAGUUCUACAUGUUGUCUAAA